GUAGAUGCAUUUAGUGUUAGUCAGGAACAGGAGAUCAAAGAUUUAUUUGAACAGUUCAAAGAUCACAAGAGGUGCAGCUACAUGAUUGCUAAUGCACUUGAUAGCAGUGGCAGUAUUUCCACCUCUCAGGUUUCUAGAAAACUUAAGCAACUUGGCCUUGUUAGGCCAAAACAGAAGCCUCAGGCUAGCAUGCAUUUGAGGGAUGAGAUUGUAAGCGAAUUUCCUUCAGAAGGUGCAGGCAACUCUGAUAGUGAAACAUUAUCGUCUCUGAAGAUUAGGGGCAAACAUAAUCGAAAUGGAAAGAAUACUGAUAAGAGUAAAAUUAAGAAGGUAGCACGGGAAUCUCUAGGAGACAUCUCUGAUGAUGAAUUACUUAGCUCUGUGUUGGCGUAA